AUGUAUAGCAAUUUGUUUUCCAAUCAUUCAUCGACGUCAAAAUAUCGGUUCUAUUAUGCAGACCCAAGUCAUAAGUGGACGUGCAAUCUCAGAUGUCUCCCUUGCAGAGGCCACGACGUCGACGGAUCACCUUGUCACAAGAUUAGCUGCCUUGGUGUUCCCUUCUGCGACAAGCACCUAGCUCUGAUCCAGCACUUGCGUAUCCAAGGCUCUGACCCGAGUCGUAUGCGGUUGUUCGCGAUUCGCCCUCCACCAGAAAUUAGCGGCUUUAUCGAUCGAUUCGACUUUGACUCUGGGCCUGUGUUCGAACAGGGGCAGGUCAUCAUUCAAUUCGAGGGAGAAGUCAUCAACCAUGACCAGAUGGUCCAACGCUACGGAGAGACUCUAGUCGGACCGUACACAGUUCAAGCGUCCGACUCUGGAGAUCGAUUUAUUGACGCAGCAUGCCAGCGAGGCGUUGCCGCGAUCGCACGGACAACCGCCCAAGAAGAACGCGCAAAUGCGGAACUGGGGCAUGGCUCUGAAGGAGCCGUCCUGCGAGCAACGAGGCCGAUCAUGAAUAAAGAAGAGAUCGUCGUCUUCACCAUCUACCCCCUCCAUGCGGAAGUCAAUGAUAUCAGAUACGCGACAAAGGAUAAUCCCAGCUUCGACGAAGAUGCUUUCAAGCGGCAGGAGAAGCGAGCUGAAUAUGAACGCGACCCGAUGAAAUAUCUGCUCUCGCAAUCGAAAUCGAAAUCGCGGAGAAAGCGAGACGACGAUGAUGAUGACUAUGACUUCGAAGAAGACGAUGAUGAUGCCGAUUUCUGGAAAGAUAUCUUUUCGAGCAAAACGAGGAAGAAAUCGGCAAGUCGGUCUUCCAAGAAGAAGGGAAAUAUGCUUUAUACUCCUGGUCACGGAUUUAUACAAGGAAUUACAAUCACCCCGGAGUCAUUGGGAAUCACUAAGAAGAAACGGAAGAAGGCUAAUGACGAUUGGGACGACUGGGAUGAUGACUGGGAUGACGAUGAUGACGAGGAAGAUAAGCCACGUAAAAAACGAAAGAGCAAGAAAUCAAAAAAACGGAAGAGCUCCAAAAAAUCUAAGAAGACCAGCCUGGAGGACUUCUUCUCGUUCUAG